CUUUAAGCCUGUCAUUUAAUCCUUUCGUUACUGAUAACGACAUGCGUUCUUUUGAGAUUACCUGGAACUAAAAGUUAUCGGUGGCAUUACAUUUAUCGAGACAGUUGCAAUAACAUAGUUUGAAACUAAGGAGCAGGAGGCCAUGUCGCGAGUGUUCCAGCCCGUCGGCCAGAAGCGGCUGACCAACAUCGCAGUGGUGCGGCUCAAGAAGGGCGGCGAGCGCUUCGAAAUAGCCUGCUACAAGAACAAAGUGGGGGACUGGCGCAGCGGCAUCGAGAAGGACCUUGACGAGGUGCUGCAGACCACCGCCAUCUUCCACAACGUGGGCAAGGGGGUGGUGGCCAAGGACCGGGAGCUGCAGGUGGCGUUCGGAACCACGGAGCGGAAGACCAUUUGCCUGGAGAUCCUGGCGCGGGGGGAGCUGCAGGUUUCCGACAAGGAGCGCAAGCUGGAGUUUGAGCACCUGUUCAAGGACGUGGCGGGCGUGCUGGUGGAGAAGUGCGUCAACCCCGCCACCAACCGCCCCUACACCGCCUCCAUGAUCGAGCGGGCGCUGCGGGACAUACACUUCAACCUGGACCCCAAGAAGAGCGCAAAGCAGCAGGCGCUGGAGGCUCUCCCGCUGCUGCAGGCGCAGUUCCCCAUCGAGCGCGCCCGCAUGCGUCUGAGGCUGUGGGUGCCCGCUGAGGCGCAGCAGGAGCUGGAGCAGCUGCUGCGGCGGGAGGGGGGCGAGGUGCAGG